GGACCAAUCAGCCUUUGCCGGAAAACCACCACCACGGAAAUGCUGCCCACGUUCGCGAAACCGGCCCGAGUGUUCGUUCUGGGGACCGACAGGCUGCCGGCCGGGCGGUUCGGACUAAAAAGCUUCCGGCUGCAGAUCGAGGUGCGGCCAAUGCGUGCCGGACCCGGAGAUGGUGACACGAGGAGGAGGAGGAACUUUCGGAUGUGACGUUGAAACUGAUAAAAAGUACUGUGGCAAGAGCAGGGUGAGCAGUCGUAUUUUUUAUUUAAUUUUUAUUGGAAUGGCACCGCUUUCACUAGAAUCUUUGUAGCAGUCUGUGGUAUUUUAAAUCACCGUCGUGGUAAGCAAUUAGUAGGUAAGACUGUACCAAUUGUUACUGUUUCAAAACGAAUUAAUCAAAUCUAGAAUUAGAUUCACCAUCAACCUUAAAUAUGAAUUUAGAAUUGCUUGAAUCUUUUGGACAAAAUUAUCCUGAGGAAUUUGAUGGAGUCCUUGAUAGUAUAUCAUUAGCUGUGACAUGUGUGUUUAAUAAAUAUGGCACACUCUUGGCAGUCGGAUGCAAUGAUGGCCGUAUAGUAAUUUGGGAUUUCUUAACUAGAGGAAUUGCAAAAAUUAUCACAGCUCACAUGCAUCCUGUCUGUUCCUUAAGUUGGUCGAGGAAUGGACAUAAGUUAUUAAGUGCAUCCACUGAUAAUAAUGUUUGCACUUGGAACAUAUUGAGUGGUGAAAGAGAAGAAAUGUAUAAAUUUCCGUCGCCCGUGUUAAAAGUCCAAUACCAUCCGAGGAAAAAAAAUUUAUUCCUUGUUUGUCCAAUGAAACACGCAGCUGUGCUCGUAGACACUGAAGGCAACCAUAAAUUAGUUCCAAUGGGCGAAGAUUCUGAUCUGAUGAUAGUUGCUUCAUUUGAUCGCCGUGGAGAGUAUAUUUAUACAGGAAAUGCUCGAGGUAAAAUUUUGGUUUUGACUUGUCCUGAUCUUGAGCUUAAAGUCUCGUUCAAAGUAUCUACCGGAAUGACUGGUAUAAAAAGUAUAGAAUUUGCACGAAGAGGAGAUUGCUUUUUACUCAAUUGUUCAGAUCGUGUUAUCAGAGUAUAUGACGCUAAACAUGUAUUGGAUACAGGAAAAGAAGGAGAACCAGAACCCAUUCAAAAACUCCAAGAUUUAGUCAACAAAACGAUGUGGAAGAAAUGUUGUUUUUCUGGCGACGGUGAAUAUGUUUGUGCAGGUUCGGCUAGGCAACACGCAUUGUAUAUUUGGGAAAAAAGUAUUGGAAACUUGGUUAAAAUAUUACAUGGAACCAAAGGAGAACUUCUUUUAGAUGUUGUUUGGCAUCCAGUUCGUGCAAUAAUAAGCAGUAUAUCCAGUGGCUUAGUAUCUGUAUGGGCACAAAACCAAGUAGAAAAUUGGUCAGCGUUUGCACCUGACUUUAAAGAGCUUGACGAAAAUGUUGAAUAUGAUGAGAGAGAGUCUGAGUUUGACUUGGAAGAUGAAGACAAAUCAAUUACAAAAGAUAUACAACGAUGUGAUGAAGAUUUCGAGGUUGAUGUAGAAAGUGCCGAACCUGUAGCAGCAUUUUGUAGUUCAGACGAAGAAGGAGCUAUUGAAGACCACAAGGAAGCUCUUAUGUUUUUACCGAUUGCUCCAGAAAUUGAAGACCCUGAACCAGAUAUGCUACCACCUCCAAUUGCAACAUCUACUUCAUCCAAAUGUCGUACAAUUGAUAUUCAUUUAGAUAAUGCUACUGACGAAGUACAUCCAUUGUUGAGUAAUAAAACCAAAGAUAAACAACUCACUGGAGGUAAAAAAGGUCCAAAAAGAGGACCAAAACAACAAUAACUAUUUCCUAAUAUUAAUAUAAUAUAUAAUUGUAUGUACAUAUUUUAUUGUAUAGAAUUUAAAAUAUAAUUUUUUUAUUUCAACCAGAAUAAAAACAAGUAUUUCUUGAUUA